CGUGACUCAAGGGCAGAGCACGGCACCCGGGGCUCCGUCUGGAAGAACCAUAGGCCGGAACUCGCCGCGUUCUUCCAGAGAGGAAAUGGCGCGGGAUGGUGACGUCGCUCCGGGGGAGGGUCGUGGGAUGACUUCCGGCAGCUCGGGAGUUCGGGUGACCAGCUUGGCGGCGAGCACUUUCGUCUGUCCGCCGCAGUGGGGUCAGCCCCAGGCCGCUAACCAUAAGCUUCCCCCACCAUGACCAAGUCCGCCCGCCGUGAGGAAGGCGGGAGGAGGCCUUCAGAGCUCCGGGCCGGAAGUCGGAUCCUGGCUUUCAUCUAGAAGCUGGUUAUCAGGAACUGACUUUGGAAAAGUUGAAAAUACAUGCUACAGAAAAGGCGGAAAUCCUACAGGAACUACAGAGGGGACAACAUGUGCACAAGUUUGUGUGCACACACACAAUCACACCACUUUCACUGGGAACAAUAUUCCUCUAGUGACAACCAUCUUUAAGAAGAUACCUCCUAAGUAUGAAUUUAAGAGGUUUCAUCUAACUCUAAACCUAUUUAGACAGAAGCUCUUUCAAUGUGUUACAGACUGCACAAGUUCUAGUCAGAUUUCACACCAAAUGAAACAAUGAAGGGUUAACAUGCAGAAGAAAUCUUCAAAAUGUAGUGAGUGUGGAAAAUUCUUUACUCAGAAAUCAUCUCUUUACCAGCAUCAUAGGAUUCACACAGGAGAAAAGCCCUAUGUGUGUAGUGAAUGUGGAAUAUGUUUCCUUAAACAGUCAAAUCUCACUCAACAUUUGAGAAUUCAUACGGGAGAGAAACCUUAUAAAUGUAAUGAAUGUGAGAAAGCUUUUCAAAUAAAAGCAGUCCUUGUCCAGCAUCUGAGAAUUCAUACUGGAGAGAGACCCUAUAAAUGCAAUGAAUGUGGGAAAACCUUUUGUCAGAGCCCAUCCCUUAUUAAACACCAACGAAUUCAUACUGGAGAGAAACCAUAUAAAUGCAUGAAAUGUGGCAAAGCCUUCAGUCAGAGCAUAUGCCUCACUCGUCAUCAGAGAAGCCAUUCUGGAGAUAAGCCUUACAAGUGUAAUGAAUGUGGGAAAGCUUUCAAUCAGAGCACAUGCCUCAUGCAGCAUCAGAGGGUUCAUUCAGGGGAGAAGCCCUAGACAUGUACCAUGUGUGGAAAAGCCUUCACUCAGAACUCCUUCCUUGCCAUAUAUGAAAGAACUCACACUGGAGAGAAACUUUAUAAGUGUAGUGAGUGUGAAGAAACUUUUCGCGGGGCUGGGGAUGUGGCUCAAGUGCUUGCCUAGCAUGCUUGCGGCCCGGGUUCGAUCCUCAGCAGCACCACAUACCAACAAAGAUGUUGUGUCCGCCGAGAACUAAGAAAAAAUAAAUAAAUGUUAAAAAAAAUUAAAAAAAAAAAAGAAAAAACUUUUCGCAAACAAGCACACCUCAGUGAGCAUUACAGAAUUAAUACUGGAGAAAACCUUGUGAAUGCACUGAAUGUAGGAAACCCUUUAGGCACAGUUCAGCACUUGUUCGACAUCAGAGUCUUCACGCUGGAGAUUAAAACUUGGAAUGAAAUUAAUGUGAAAAGAUUUAUAUGAAAUGCCUUUUUUCUUUAUGAAUUCCUGGGAAUUUAAGACUUAGUAAUUGUCAUAAAUAUUUUAUAUUUUGAACUAGAGGUGUUGUGUCCUAAAAAUUAAGAAAAUAGACCUCAGAACAAGUCUUGAAUUUGAUGCCAAUCUCUGCCACUUAAUGGAUUGUGAUCUGAUCCUCUCCAAGCCUUAGCUUCCCCAUUCUUACCCCGAAAAGAAAAAUGCGGAUAAUUCAUAGGGUUGUCUUAAGAAUAAAAUAAAUUGCAGAUGAGAAUUAAUGUCUGUUAGUUGUUUUAUAGAUGUUCUAAAAGUCUAUAAAAAUAUCUAAAUAUGUCUAUUAAGAACUAGCAAAUCAGCAUUAGUUUUUUUGGCUCUCAUGAGGUAUUUUAAUUUUUUUUCUUUUUGAAGUAGUGAGAAUUGAACCCAGGGGCACUGUACCCACUGAGCUACAUCUAUAACCCUUUUAAUUUUAUUUAUGAGAUAGGGUCAUGCUAAAUUCCUGAGGUUGGCCGUGAACCUAGUGAUCAUCUUGCCUCUGCCUCUGAGUCACUGUAAUUACAAGCAUGUACCAUAGCACCUGGCUUGUGUAUUAAGAUCAUUUUUGUAAUGGUCUGUGAUUUCCUUUUAUUUUACAGAAGUCUAUUUAAA